AUGUCGACGGUGCCAUCCCUUAGGAUGGUCUAUUUCGAGCCGUUUAAUGAUGAUGAGGGUUUGCAGCUGGUGCAGCAGGGCGGGUUCUGGUCGGCGGAGGAGGGCGGGGUGCAGUGGGGGGCGGCGGCGAGGGCCCGAAUAGUAGCCACGGCGGACUCCCUCUCCGUGGCACAGUUGCCCACGCGCCUCGCGGUCCUACUGCCACCCCUGCUUCUCACGGAGCCGGAUGAUGAGGAACUGACAGAAAUUGCGAAGAAGACUUUAUUACAGAACAUUUCAACAGCCAUAUCGGAGAAUGACGUGUCUCAGCUUGUACAGAACAUGCUGUCAAUGUACAAAGAGGUAUCUGAAACCUUCACUUCCCGUUCACAUUACACAUGGAAUGCAUCCCACCUGAGGAAAUGGUGCGAAGGCAUCAAAUGGCAUGCUCUCUCUACCCGCGCUCAAUUAGAUACGGCUAUAAGGGCUGAGGCAGACAUAAUUUUCAAAAAUAGGCUGGUGACAGAGGAGGAGAGGGAAGAAUAUAUUUCGAUAUCGAGGCGAUAUUUGAAGCAAUGCGAUGACGCGUUAUUAUUUUUCAAAACGAAACUACGCAAUGAUGGUGUUUUUAUGGAGUCAGUCGAUUAUAACGUUUGGUACCAAGAUACGCAGAAAUUGAUAAAUCAGUGCUUAACAGAAAGCGACAAUAAUAUAUUUAGGGAGACAGGAAUCGAAGCUUGCACUGAAUUAGCUAUUCUAUGCCCUACUAUUGCGCGAGCGGCGAAUGGGGGAGCGGCUCUUUGCGUGGGGAGUGCGGGAGCGGGGCGGAGGGAUGCGUGCGCACUAUUGGCGGCGGCACUGCCCGCAACUUUGCACUCGCUGCACAACCCCAAACAUUUCGCCACGCUCUUCAAGAAUGCCCUGACUUCGGCCAGUGAAAACACGCGCACUCUGAUCGUCGUCGAAGAGUCGGCGAUAAAUGACGAGACUUUGGCUUGUAUAGAGGCGUUUAUGCACGCCAACACAAUACACGCCGUACCGGCCAACAUCAUGCCGUCUCUUUCUAACGCGCAGCCGACCCAGCAUCUGCUGCAAAAUAUAAAACAGAAUUUAGGCAUCGUCCUUCUACUGGACAAAGAUCAGAAUAACCUGUCAGAGCUAAUAGAGAAAUAUCCGGUGCUACAUAACGAUAGUAAUAUUGUAUGGCUGGAGCGAUGGUCUGAGGAGACCUUACGUCAAUUGCCCCCACUUAUAAUACAGAGACUGGUGAAAGAGGACGUGUCCGACGUGUCGAAGGAGGACUUGGACACUGUGCCAGUGGAAGGCUUUGUGGGCAUUUACAAGAGCGUAGGAGAGGAGUGGUUGCGUGCUCCAUGCCGAUACGUUCGCUUCGUCACAUCCUACUACCACAUACUGAGCAGAAAGAAGACGGAGCUUGUUCAGAGGAAAAAUAUGCUGUCGUCCGGCUUGGAGGCGCUGCACCGUGCGAGGAGUGAGGUGGCAACCCUGCAAGCCGAAGCGGCCGAGCAGGAGUUGGCGCUAUCCGAGAAACAGGCCGCGGCGAACAGCGCCCUCGACCAGAUAGGCGCCACCGUGCGCGCCACCACCGACAAGAAGGACGAAAUGCACGCCCUCAAGAGGAGCAUCGAGCUCGAGAACGAGAAGCUGCAGAUAAGGAAAAAGGAGAUUGAAGAGGAGUUGGCGUCUGUGGAGCCCGUGAUAAAGGCGGCGCGGGCGGCCGUUGGCGAUAUAAAGCCGGAGUCGCUCAGUGAGGUGCGGUCGUUGAGGGCGCCGCCGGACGUGGUCCGCGACGUGCUCGAGGGCGUGUUGCGGCUGAUGGGCAUAGCGGACACCUCGUGGCACUCCAUGAAGAGCUUCCUUUCCAAGAGGGGGGUCAAAGAGGACAUACGAUGUCCACGGGCGGCGCUAAUCACCCGACGUCAGAUCAGCGGCGAAGCGGCGGCGUCCGUGCAGCGGCUGCUGGAGCGGCGCGGCGCCUCCUUCGAGCAGGCAGCGGCGAGGCGGGCGAGCGCCGCGUGCGCACCGCUGGCCGCCUGGGUCAAGGCGAACCUCGACUACGCGAACGCCCUGCGCCGGGUGCAGCCGCUGCAAAUGCAACAGCGCGAGCUGCACAGGAAUCUGCAGCAGGCCGAGGCGGAGCUGGCCGCGCUCUCGAGCGGUCUGAACACGGUGGAGGAGCGCGUGGCCGAGCUCAAGGGGCAGCUGGGCCGGCACAGCCGCGACGCGGCCGCCAUCGAGCACCGCCUCGGGGAAGCGAAGCGAACCCUGCACGCCGCGCAGAACCUUCUAGAACGGCUGGCGGACGAGCACGACGCCUGGCGGCUGGACCUUCAAAACAUAUCGAAGGAGAUAUUAGAACUGAAUGUACGAUCACUCCUUGCCGCAGCCUACGUAGUAUAUCUUCCGGACUUAACCGAACCGCAGGCCAGGAAAACGCUAAAAGAAUGGAGCACUUUAAUAGGAUUCGAAGACGAGUCGUUCUCUGUUAUAAACUUCCUGGCCACACCCGAAAAACAGCUGAAAUGGGAAGCGGAAGGUUUGCCAAUGGAUCAGACUGCUGUUAAAAACGCUGUGCUCAUCGAACAGGCCCUGGAGACGAAUAAAUGCGGCUUCACACCCUUAGUCAUUGACCCCGACGGUGAGGCCGAGGCGUGGCUCAGGAACACUUUGGCGGACACCCAGUGCGAGUUCGUUUCCCACCAAAGCGAAAAGUUUGCGACCGCCGCGCAGUUUGCUAUUCGGCUCAGCCGCAUCCUGGUGGUGACCGAGGUGGAGACGGAACAGCUGCCCCGCUGCCCCUCCGGCUGCCGCUGGGUGCUGGUGACCAGGAGUCUGCACAGCCUCACGGACCAAUUUGUUCGCUACGCUUUACAGCAACAGAACCCAGAAGUGAACGAAAAUCUCAAAGAGAUCAAAAUAAAGAAAGCUGCAUUACAAAAGCAACAAUACGAACUGCAGGAGAACCUGCUGAGACAGCUGUCUCAGAGCGGCGACGUGUUGCACGACGCGGCGCUGCUCGCGUCGCUGAACGGCACCCGCGAGGCGGCGGACACGACGCGGCGCGCGCUCGACGCCGCGCGGGCGGUGGAGGCGAGCGCGCGCCACGCCGCCGCCAAGCACCAGCCGGCGGCCGAGCGCGCCGCCAGGCUCGCUCUGGCUGUCGGCGCGCUGGCCGCUCGCCGCCCGUUGGCAGCCCUGCCCGCGGACGAUGUGCGCCGUCUCUUCGGCGACGCGCUGCGGAAGGCGACGGACCUGAACAAUCACGAAGAUAUUAUGAAAUACUUGACAAGACGGGUCGUGGAAAGGAUUCUCUUGAGCUUGCACAAAAGAGAUAAGUAUAUAGUGGUGUUGCAUUUAUUGAAGCAGAUCUACGAAGACCUUAUACCAGAAGGACUAUGGAAUAUAUUCAUUGGAAUCUUGAACAAAUUAGAAGAUCAGAAUACGAUAAAUGAAAUCAAAACGCGCUACCCGUGGGUGUUAGAAGAUCGUAUCAAGAGAUUGGCUCAACUGAAGGUUAACAGCGAAGAGCUCUUUGACAAGAUGUCGCUGGGCAACGAGGCGCUGUGGACGGAAUUCCAGCGCGUGGGAGACCUCCGUGCUCUAGAGCGGUUGGGGCUGACUGCUUUCGAGACCGUUGUCGCGGUUAGCGUCAUGAGAACGGAUUCUCUGUACAGGGCGAUCGUCGCGUUCGUCGACGGGCUUUUAGGAGCGGGCGCGAUGUCGGGCGGGGAGGCGGGGGGCGAGCUGGUCGCCGCCGCGAGGGAGGCGCGCGGGCGGCGGUGCUGCUCU